UUUUUAUCUAUCAAGGGUCUCAACAGUCAAGAGUUGUGAAAUAAAUUAAUAAGAAGGAGCAUGAAGAAUGGCAGGAUAAGUGGUAAGGUUAGAGGAAGGAUAGCGUCAAAAACGCGGCGUGUCGUGUUUGAUCACGGGCAUCCCGAGUCGAGCCACAGCAUGGUCGAAUGGCUUGUGACUUCUCCAUCUUGAAUGUUCCUUCCUGCCACCGUGACGCAGCGAGGGAUGCGCUGUGUGUGAUUCUGCGAGCGUCGACCGCGUGGUGCUGGGAAACAUCUGGUAACGGGAGAUCAUACUGAACAGUUCAAUGGAGGAAUUUCAUGAAGAAAACAUAAUCAUUGACAUAGAAGAUGACAAUGAUGGUAGUGAAGAAGAAGGUGGCAACAAUGAACAGGAAGAUAAUGACAGUGAUGAAAAUAAAGAAGGCAACAACAAUGAGGAGGAAAAUAAUGAGAGUGAUGAUAAUGAAGGCAAUAAUGAUGAACAGGAAAAUAAUAACAAUGAUGAUAAUGAGGAGGGCAAUAAUGAUGAGCAGGAGAAUAAUGAUAACAAUGAUAAUGAAGAAAACAGUAGUGAGAAUGAAAAUGAUGAGAAUAAUGUUUGUGAAGAAGACAGUAACAAUGAACGGAGUGAUGUAUCAAGUAAUAAUGGAGAUAAUGAGAACAGUGAUAUGGAAGACAUACAAAGAGUGAAAGCUGAGACACACAAUCAGCAAUGCAUUGAAACAAGAGUUGAUGUGGAAUGUAUUCCACAGGCCAAGAAUGGUCCCAGUUGUGAGAAUAGAUCCACUACCUGGAAUGGGACUCCUCAGAGUAAAAAUGCACAUAAAAAACAGAAUUGUAAGAAAUGGAAAGGGAAGGGAAAAUCAAGCAAUGCAACUGAUGGAAUGAAGGUUCAUGAACUGUGUCAUAGACAAGGUCAUAAAGCAUACAAGAGUGGUGCUUGCAGGAAAAAUGUAGCCAGUGUUAAAAAUCCUCCCAACAGCAAGUGUCCUGAUGCUUCUGGUGGAAGUUUAAUAAAUGUGAACAGUUCAGUACAGCAGAGUAAUUCUAACCCAAAAGAUAAAAGCAUCAGCAAAGGUGGUAACAGUCAAGUUUGGAAGAACACAAGCAUUGAUAAUUUGAACAAAAACAAUAACAGUAGUAACACCAACAACAGUUCAAGUGGAAAUGAUAACAAAUAUGGAAGCAGUAAUGACAGUAACAAUAAAGGAAAAGAUAACAAAAAUAACAACUUUAAUAAUAACAAUAACAAAAAUAAUAACAAAGGCAACAAUAAUAACUACAACAGCAACAAGAACCAGAGCAACAACUACAUGAAUAACAACAACAAUAAGCAAAAGGGUGAGCAGUCAACCAGAAACCUCCUUAAAGAAGCAAAAGAAGUUGUAAACACCAUCUUUAAGAAGAGGUUGUGCAUGCAGCCCUUGGACAGUCCCAUACUCAAGUUUCACUACAGACUUACAGUGCUGUUGUUUGUGAUACUGUACACAAUAAUACAGGCCGGUUGGAUAUUUAAGGAAUCCAUCUUCUGUGUGUAUGGCAAUAAUGCUGAGGCUACAGUCUCAUACUAUAUCAAGAACUUUUGCCUGACAUACCCCUUCGUAAAUGAAGAUCAAGAUGAUGAUCAGAGUCAACGGCGCUACCUCUUAUUUUAUCGGUGGACACACCACUCAUUUUUGAUCCUAGCAUCUCUGUUUUACAUUCCACGUGUAAUUGCCAAGAUUUUAGAUAACCCUCGCCUCAAGCAGCUGGUGCAUGACCUGGCUCUGGGAGAACAUCGGUAUGAUACUUCAAAGUGGGAGCAAGACACUAACAUGAUGCUGCAAUACAUGAACAGUCAUGCUUCCACUCAUGGCUAUCUUUACUUCUGGCUCAUUAUCUGUCACAUGGUGGCUUUGGCUGUUGAUUGUGCAGUUUUUUUUUAUUUUGACUACAUGCUUCAGGGACACUUCAUGGAUCUGGUGUAUUCUGCAUACCCUCUCCACAGGGACCCACAGUUUUUUACAGAUUAUUUGUCCCGUACAUUUCCUCCCUUUGUGAGAUGUAGACUUGAAAAACAGAUACUGAUCAAUAAUGAACGUGAGGAAGAGCUUGGCUGCCACCUCCUCUUGAUGGAUAUAUAUGAUAAAAUGUUUGUUGUGAUAUGGUUGUGGUUAGUGUUUCUAAUUUUGUGCACAACCAUUACUUUACUUGCUCUUUGCUUGUGGGUAAUACCUCCCUUCAACCGACUGUUCCUAGAUAUACGGACAAAUUCAAAACAUUUGAAAGAAACGAGAAAUAAGAUUGUAAAGCAAUACUGUUUUUCUGAUUUGUAUGUUCUGUACCUGAUGAAGCGUCACAGAAGUGAGACUCAGUUUUCUAUGUUAAUGUCAAAACUUAUCCAUUCUGAAGAAUCUUACGAUAUGUCGUCGACAUUAAGUAAGAAAAAGAGUAAAGUCACCUUUAAGGAUGAGAUGAUGUCAAAGACUGAUCACUUGCUGGAAUCAUCACCAAGCUCAGGAAAGGAACAGUGGUGUACAAAGAACACACUCCAUUAUAGUCCAAUAUUUCCACAUGAUGAGGCCUUACGCAGCCGCAGAGUUGACACCUCAACUCCUUAUUCUGAUUAUGAUGCUGAGAUUUCUUUUCCCAGAAACUUCAUCAAACAUGAGUAUAAAGUAUAGGUCCUAUAUAAAGAAAAGUAUUUUUCAAAAAAUCACAAAUUUGCUAAAAGAUUAUAUGGGGCAUCCUGUGAGUUCAAGAACAUACUUCAUAAUAUGGUAGUUUGUGAUUCUUAGUGAAAAAUACACAUAUAUUGUGGACUGAAUAAAUCAUUCCAGCAGCAUUUCUGUGCUCAGUGAAUACUUAGAACCAAGUCUUCAUAAACACUCUUUCAACAAUGUUAGGUCAUGAUUUCAGUGAAGUUAAAGUUUUCAAAAUAUGUGUGUAUGUGUUCAUAUGCGCUUACCUAAUGUACCUGAUUUAGUAAAACUGGUGGUGUUCUGCCCCUGCUCCCCCCCCCCCCUCUCUCUCUCUCUCUCUCUCUCUCUUCAUAAACACUCUUUCAACAAUGUUAGGUCACAAUUUCAGUGAAGUUCAAGUUUUCAAAAUAUGUGUGUAUGUGUUCAUAUGCGCUUACCUAAUGUACCUGAUUUAGUAAAACUGGUGGUGUUCUGCCCCUGCUCACCCCCCCCUCUCUCUCUCUCUCUCUCUCUCUCUCUCUCUCUCUCUCUCUCUCUCUCUCUCUCUCUCUCUCUCUCUCUCUCUCUCUCUCUCUCUCUCAGUUUUAUGGAUAUUACAUGAUUUCAUAAUUUUGCCUUCCAUCCUACCAAAACCUCUAUUUGGUGAUGGAAAUUUUUGUAUUUGAUGUGCAUCUCUUUCCUUACCUUCAAUUUAUGCCUGCUUAUAUUUCCACUUUCUAAGACAAAAAAUUAUUUGUUUAAAUCAUUCACCUCUUUGACUGUGGUAUCAAGGUGAUUUAAUUUUUUUGCACUAUUUGAUGUGUAUGUUUGUGUGAAUUUUUUUUCUUCAGAUCAUUAACCAGUGAUAUUUUUAUACAUGUUUUGUAAUGUUUCAUGAUUCAUUUGAAUUGUAUCCUUGAAUUAUUUGCUCCAGUAUUUUUUUUCUCAUGGAUUCAUUUAUUAUGAUUCAUUUGAAUUGUAUCCAUGAAUUAUUUGCUUCUGUAUUUUUUCUCAUGGAUUCAUUUAUGUACUUUUAUUUUUCUUUGUACUUUUUGCAUAUACAGUACUCACAGAGUUAUCCAGUGCAGUACCUUUCUUUGCAUAUACUGGUAAAGUUAUCCAGUACAGUGCAAAAAUUCUCUAAAUUGUUUUUAUUUAUUCUUAAUUUUAUUUUUAUUUUUAAUUGCAUUUGAUAAUGUAAUACUCUUGUUAUUUAGUUCUUGUAAUUAUAUUUUUCUCUUACAAUACAGUAGUAGGCUUACAUUCUUUGAAUGUGUAUUUAUAAGUUUGUAUAUUUAUAUUGGAAAUACUUUAUAAUGAUUAUUAUUCUUCAUGAUAAUGUAUUAGAGAUAAGACCAGAAUGCUUUUGUAACUUACUGUGAGUCAUAAAACUGUAAGUUACUAAAAGGAAAGGGGGUAAAGAACUUUAAAUUAUUAUCUUGGGAUCUACUACAUACCUACAAAUAUUAAUUUUUAUUAUUAGUUAUUUUUAUAUGUUAUAAUUUUGUUUUCAAUUUUCUUUGGCACCUCUUCCCUUUGCAAAAUUUUGUAAAGAGAUUGGUUUGCAUUAUAGCCAGUAGAUAUUAGGGCAAGUCUUAAAAAAAAAAAAUGUGCAGGCAUGUAGCCUCAGGAAUGUGGAUGUCAACCAGCUGUUAGGUGCCUUUCAUUUAUUAUUUUUACUUUGCUUUAAUAUUAAUUAUGUGUCUGCUUAUUUAUUAUUUUCUUUAGCUUCCUAGGUGUUAUCUAGGAUGUAUAGGAGGUAGCAAGUUAUAUGCAUAGAAAAUUAAUGAGAAGGUAAAGUCUGUCAACUAAUUAGUAGACAUCUUAGGAUUACCUUAUUUAUGCUAGUUUUAUUAUUUUUUGGAAAUAGUUUUGUUAAGAAAAAAAGUAAUAUGCUCUCUCUCAAAUAAAAGUAAUAGCUACA